AAACUAUGAAAGUUAAGCCGAGUGUAGCCGACCUCAGGGACAGUUCAAGCCCUCCUCACAAACUCCUUUUGUUUAACUUUCAAACUAAAUUUUAUUUUAAAAUUUUCCUGCAAUUUUUAAGUCAUGACUUCUAGCAGUGAAACGUUGGAAAUAAGUGGCAAUGAGCUGGUCCACAUCCUCAGGACCCCCCGGCAUCAGUACACCUCUGACGGGUGCGUGGUGCUGGACUGCAGACCCUUCCUCGACUUCUCUUUGGCGCACAUUUGCGAAUCCCGAAACGUCAACUGGAACUCGAUGCUGCGCCGGAGGUCCAAGAGCUCGGUGGUGGCCCUGGAGUGGCUCAUCCCGGACAAGACGCUGCUGAGCCGGCUCCGGAGCGGGGGCUACUGCCCGGUGGUGGUGGCGGACGAGAGGAGCCGCUCCGUGGCCGAGCUGAAGUCGGAGAGUGUGGCCCAGAUGUUGCUCACCGCCCUGCAGAACGAGGUCCACACGCAGAUCUGCUUUUUGCAAGGUGGAUUUGAGGGAUUUUCUGAGGCCUUUUCAGAGCUUUGUUAUAACUCCCCCAGAAAUCAGUUCUCCACAGUGGAACCAGAACCCAUUACUACUGGCAGGAGGACUCCAUCACAUGAUCAGGAUGGCCCAGUGGAGCUGCUUCCCUUCCUGUUCCUGGGCAGUGCCGUCCACUCAUCUCGCAGAGAGGCGCUGGCAGCAGCAGGAAUCACCGCUGUCCUCAACGUGUCCUCCACUUGUCCCAACUUCUAUGAGGGGGAGCUUCAGUACCUUCGGCUCACUGUGGAGGACACGCUGGUGGCCGACAUUAGGGCCUGUUUUCAAACGGCCAUCGCGUUCAUCGACUCGGUAAAGCAGAGUGGCGGUCGGGUGCUGGUGCAUUGUCAGGCAGGCAUCUCCCGCUCUGCCACCAUCUGCCUAGCCUACCUGAUGCACACGCAGCGUGUCCGGCUGGACGAGGCCUUCGACUUUGUGAAGCAGCGGCGCCACGUCAUCUCCCCCAACCUGGCUUUUAUGGGACAGCUGCUGCAGUUUGAGACGGACAUUCUUUGUCAGGGGUAGAAAAAAAAAAUACUGAGGACUUUGACUUGAAUAACUCUCCAACCUUGCGGCGUUGUACCGAAGUCAGAUGACUAUCAGGACCCAAACAAUGGUUGAGUUUGUUCUGUGAAAACUGGCCUUUUAGAAGGAUGAACUGUGAAUUCACAGGAAAGCUGCUCGUGCUGCCGGCGUCACAUGACGGAAGUUUCUGAUUUAACAAAAAGUGGUUGUUGGUGUAAAAGCCAGCUGCAGCGAGGUCAUUUCCCCUUGGAAGGAAAAUACUUUUUUGUUCUGUUUUUUUUUUUUUGUUUUGUUUUGUUUUAUAUCAUGAAUGUGCCUCAUGUCUUCUUUUUUUUACAAGAGCUGUUUAUUUUCAAACUGAAGCAUUCCUUCAGAGCUGGAGCCACUGUGACGACACCGUUAACCACUGAAGCGAUGGUGAACUCGUCGAGUUUUAGAUAAAUUAUAUUUGAAUGCACUAAACACUGUCUGUAUGAGACGCCGUUCUUCUCAAUUUGAAGUUUUAAUCAUGUAAAUAGUUUUAAUUUAUUUAUGAUUUAUAGCAGUGUUACUAUUAUUAACCUGCACACUUUAUAGCUGCAAGUUUUUGAUCUAUUCCUACUUUUUCCCUCUGAAAUAAAAACUUGCUGGAGAAAACCAA